AUGAUCUCCGAAGACCAUGGGAUCACAGAAUUCUCACCUUUGCUGCGCAACAUCGACCCAGAAGCAGCAAACAGUUCCAAGAAGUCAGGAUGGCGACAAGAAUUAGCAAUUAUCUCGCGAUACUCGGCCCCCCUAAUGAUAUCGCUCCUACUUCAACAUGCAUUGACCGGUUCUAGCAUUUUCAUGGUGGGCCAUCUGGGGAAACGAGAAAUCGGCGCCGUGAGCUUGGCCAACAUGACUGCCCAGAUCACUGGAUAUUUUGUCUUCCAAGGACUAGCAACAUGCUUGGAUACUUUAUGUCCUCAAGCAUAUGGCUCAGGGAACCUGACCAUGGUCGGGCUUCACGUUCAACGACUGACGCUUUUCAUGCUCGUCCUCACGAUCCCAAUUGGUGCGAUAUGGUGGAAUGCGGAUCGCAUCUUUCUCCUAAUUCUACCAUCUGAAUCCUACGAGACGGCUCUUCUCGCCGGAUUGUACCUGAAAAUUGCCAUCGCCGGCGCUCCCGGUUAUGCUUGUUUUGAGUCGGGAAAGCGAUUUUUCCAGGCACAGGGAUUGUUCAGUGCUAGUCUGGUGGUUCUGUUGAUAUGUUCUACAUUGAAUAUUUUCAUGGGAUGGUUAUUUGUUUGGAGACUGCAAUGGGGCUUCAUCGGUGCGCCUAUUGCUGUUGCGAUCGCGAAUAGUCUUCUGCCCGUCUUUCUGGCACUCUACGUCAUCUUCAUCAAAGGCUCUGAAUGCUGGCACCCCGUUUCUGUCGAGGUGUGGCGUAGCUGGGGUCCAAUGUUGCAGCUUGCCAUCCCGAGUUGGCUAAUGAUCGAAGCCGAGGUCCUCGCAUGGGAAAUCAUGACACUCAUUUCAUCCCAUCUAGGCGCGACUGAACUCGCUGCCCAAGCUGCUAUAUCGACACUUUCAGACUUUGCAUUCCAAGUUUCGUUUUCCAUCGCCGUUGCCGGUGGCACACACAUUGCCUAUCUGAUCGGAGCAGGCUUCCUCCAGCGUGCCGCAACAUCAGCCAAGGUUAUGGUUCUUGCUUCCUUCGGUGCUGGUAUCACAAAUAUGCUUGUGAUUCUUGCGCUCCGGGGAGUCAUCCCGGGCUUGUUUAGUGAUAUCGGCGAGGUCUGGCACUUGAUCUUCUUCUUGCUUCCAUUGGGCGCCGUCCUUCAAAUUCCCGAUGCUGUGGCCACUUCCCUAAAUAGCUUGCUGCGGGCUGUGGGACGACCGGAUCUGGGUAGCUAUGUUCAGCUCUCGAUCUACUACCUCGUGGGAUUGCCCUUGGGCAUUGCUUUCGCAUUUGUCUUGGACUGGAGCAUUUUCGGGUUAUGGAGUGGAAUUCUUAUCGGCCAGUCGAUCAUUGUGUCGAUCGAGGGCUUUUAUUUCUGGAAAAUGGUGGACUGGGCGAAGGCAUCCCGAGAAGCGGUAGAGAGGAUGUGA